UUCGACUCCAAGAUUUCUGAAGUAGCUUUUAGGUUCCGAGUCAACGUCUCUGAUCUUUUAUUUGCCAACUCUAUAGAUUCAAAUCAACCGAACCAAAUCUUACCCAAGAAAACACUUCUAAAAAUACCCAUUUCAUGUUCAUGUGUCGAUGGCAUACGACGAUCUUUGUCCACGCAACACGAUUGGUGCAACGGAUACUUUGAUGUCAAUAUCAGAAGUGUAUGGAGGACUUGUUAGUGCAGAACAGAUUGGGAGUGCUAAUGGGGUUGAUGCAGAUCAACACCCUUUAGUCAGUGGACAGAGUCUUGUGAUUCCCUUGCCAUGUACAUGUUUCAAUAAUAGCAAUAAUGGUGCAACCAGUGUGUACUUGUCUUAUGUGGUGCAGAAUGGAGAUGCGUUAACAAACAUUGCAACAGAGUAUGGUGUCACAGUUGGCAAUUUGGAGAUCAUAAAUGGGCUUGGCCAGCCUCAAAUUGAUACUGGAGAUAUUCUGGCUAUUCCACUUGCUGCAUGUUCAUCAGCAAAUCUGAAUUGGUACAACGAAAGCCUAAUAGUUCCAAAUGGUUCUUAUGCUUUGACUGCUAAUAAUUGCAUCAAAUGUGGCUGCAGACCGAAUGAUCUCAGCUUAGAGUGUUCACCCUCAGGAAUUGCGGAUAAAUGUUCACAUUUACAGUGCAAAGACUCCAAGCUAUUUAUUGGAGAGAGGCACGAAACUCAUACAACAUCUGGUUGCAAUUUUACAGCCUGCAUUUAUCGUGGACAUCUUGGAGGCAAAAUCUUUCGAAGUUUGGUGAAUUCAACUGAUGUCAAGUGUUUAGGUAACCAGAGUGAACCUGCAGGGUCAUCAAUGGAGUCUCCAGCAACUAGUUACAUAGCACCAUACUUAAGUCCAUCCCCAUCUCCAUCUCAAUACUCACACUCAGCCAAAACCCACUCAUUAGGAUUCAAUUCUAGUCAUAGCAAAAAAUGGCUAUCUCAAGCGUUACACCUUAUAAGUUUAUUGGUUUUUGAGUUUAUCUUUGAAAUACUCUUGUAAAAAGGUUAUUUUGGAGAAAAGGGAUAAUGAAAAUCAAACUUACACCUAUUGUGUAAAACAAUUCUACUGA